AUGGCGACUUAUAAGCUUCCAGAUCUACACAGUGGUCAAUCAUCAUCCAAUGCUAUAAUACUUUUUGGCGAUGCUCCAACCGAUGGACUCAAUGCUAUCGCUGUUGGUUGGCAAGUUUCAACAAUCAUAUACGAUACCAGUUAUCCUCGAUUUUUUACUUUUUGGACCAGUGACGGGAAUGAUGAAACAGGAUGUGCGAAUUUGCAAUGUCCUGGUUUUGUUAGCACCACUAAUAUUUAUGGACCUGGAAGUUUUAUUCCCCAAUUUUCCACUUAUGGCGGCGAACAAAAAUAUCUAGCUAUACUAAUCGCUAGGGAUUCUAAAACAGGGAAUUGGUGGGUGACAUAUAAUGAUCAGCUACCUCUUGGGUAUUUCCCCAAGGAAUUGCUUCCAAAUUUGGAUCCUAAUGCAAACUUUGUUCAAAUGGGUGGGGAGGUUAUCUCUUCCUCGAAGGUGCCAAGCCCUCCGAUGGGCAGUGGUCAUCCAAGUAAUGAAGGACGUAAUAAAGCUGCUUAUUUCAUUCAAGUUCAGUUUGUGGAUCAGUCUAAUAACUUGUUCGUUUUGGAUCCUAGUUCUUUUACCCCUCGUGCCGAUAUCAAAAAUUAUUAUAGUGUAGCGGAUGCUCAUUUUGAAGAUCAUAAAGAUAAAUAUGUUUUUGCUUAUGGAGGAGCUGGAGGUUUCAAAUAA